AUGGGUCCAGGCGGCGGAGGAGCCGACCUCAUCAGCGCCCUCCCGGAGGAUCUGCUUCUCCAGGAGCUCCAUGUGGACACCAGGAUCCCCUUCACCUACCGCAUCGACAUCAGGGCGCCCGCGCUCAAGCGAUUGGCCAUGUCCUUCAGCACCAGCGACAAGAUCAUUGUGCUGGUGUCCGUUUUGGCGCCAAUGCUGGAGACGGUCUCAUGGCGCUGCACCUAUUCCACAGUGUCUGCCCGGUUUGGUCUUUGGGGCCUCUCAGAGGUGAGGUUACAGACGGAGGAGAACAAUGGACAUGGCGGGCAGCUUCCUCCUCACGUCAAUGUCCUGUCGCUCUUCGUGGCUGCAGAUGAUUCAUAUGAGUUUCCAGAGGAAGUCAGCCUUACGACGGAGAUAGAGAAACAUAUGGUUACCCAUUUCUCUGUUUUGGAGCUACGUAUCGAAACGUGGGGGCAUGUUUUUGGAGCAUUUGCAUUGCACAUCCUUGAAAUGGAUCAGAUUUCCACUGCUAUACAAAGCCUUAAAGUCAUCCUGCUGAGUUCAGAGGAUGAUGAAGCAUGCCCACAAAAUUGCCCUUGUGAGGAGCCCAGUAACUGGCGAAGCCAAACUAUCUCCUUGACCAAUCUUGAAAAAGUGGAAAUCAAAGGCUUCCAAGGAGAAGGUCAUGAGUUUGAUUUCUUGAAACUGGUAUUUAGAUGCGCACCAAUGCUGAAAACAAUGUCUGUGAGGCUGUCAGAUGAGGUCACAGCAAGUAACGACGAUUGCUGCAAGAAAAUACAUGACGUCUUCAAGAUGUAUCCUUUUGUGGAAUGCAAUGUGAUUGUGGAUCUUAGUCCUGAAAUGUCCAUUGUGAUGGUCCUAUGUUUUGGCAAUGUGUUUGCCUUGGAGGAGUAG